AUGAAUAUCAAUUUCAAAGCACAACCUGAACCUCAGCUGAUCUCCAGAGAAACCAGGAGGCAAGGGCCAAGUGAGAUCCCAUAUGGGAGAGGAACUUACUUUGUUUGUAGACACUCUCCACAUCCCAAGACUGUGUGCCACAUCAAAGGUUUAAAUGAUGUACCUGUCUGUGUUGUGAAAGAUCGAGGAUACAAUGAAGGACGCUACGUCGUCACACUCCCAGAACCCAGUCAGUUUCAUAAGCACACUGGAAUAGGUGCUGAUACUGCUUUCCCCAACUGUACUCUGCCAAGCCUGGUGCCAAACCCACCCAGACCAAAUGUUGCAGCGCUUAUGAGAGACGAAAUUACAGAGCUCAGAAAAAGAGCAGGAAACACCCCACUUUUAAAGAGAAAGGAUGAUCCUUUGAGGAAUUAUCUUGGAGACCGGCCACAGAGUAGAACUGCCCAGGACCUCUGUCUUUCAUCAGCCCAAGCAAUGCGUUACAGACCAGCAAUCACAGAGAAUAUUAAUUAUAACCCAGGCUACCUGGAGCAGGAAAUAAAAAUCCUGGAAAAGCUUCGUGAUAUUUUACAGACAGACUCCCUUGCAGAAAUCCAAGACUGGUUGGCAAAGGCAAGUCUAAAAGAGAAAGAGUUUGUAUCAAACUUCAUACACUCAGAUGUGACUAGCCGAGAUCUGUUGAAUUUUCAGCAAAAGGUGCAGGAUAAAAAUGAAGCAGAGAAACUGAAUUUGCAGGGUAUGUUGAAGGUCCAAAAUGCAAUUCAUAAAGGAUCAGCAGAGGAAGGCAACCACCUCAGGACUUCAAGCAAAGGAUCAUUAGCCAGUAAAGGAUCAUUAGCCAGUAGGGGAUCAAUGCUAGAAAGGGAUCAUCCUCACACAAGAAGAGAGAAAAUCAAAAUCCCAACUUCUGACAAUCCGCUGUUAGAACAUUCCCCCAGCAAACAUGCGAUUCGGGAAAGUAGCCCCUGCUCUCCUGCAUCAGGACAAACCAGCAGCCAGUUGCUGUACAGCAAAUCUCGCUCCAAACGAUCCCAUCAAAGUUAGAGAGAUGUGCUCCAUCUUCAAUACUGUUUUCAACGCCUGUGGAAAGCUAGCAUGGCAUUCUCUUGGAAGAUAAAAUAUACAUACAUAGAAAUAUUUGGGAAAGUUUUGCUAAUGUUCAGCUAUUUAAGUGAGCUGAACACAAAGUAA